GACGUCAAACAUUUCAAGGCGGAAUCGCGUGAGUGUUUGUCUAGUCAAACUAACACAAGUCUACACUAUUUAUUAAUUUAACAAUUAUCAUUUAAUUUUAUCAUUUAAUUAACAAUUAUGUCGAAAUUUCAUUUUAUUUUACGACCACAAACAAGAAGUUUGUUUAAAAAUGCAGUGUUUUUAAGUAAAUAUUCAACUCAAGUGCAAAAGUUAGAAAUACCACCAACGAUUACUCCCUUAGAAUUAUACAAUGAAAAAGUUCAAUCAGGUGAAUUAAAGGAAGACAAACAUCAAAGGAAAGUUUUAAAACAAUUACAGCGAGUUUUUGAAGAUAUCGAACAAUAUACACCAGCUGAAAAAACUCUAUUUAGUAGAUUUUUUUCAUCAUCAGAAAAUACAACUCCGAAAGGUUUAUACAUUUAUGGGGCUGUUGGUGGCGGAAAAACUAUGCUGAUGGAUUUAUUUUACGAAUGUUGCAACACCGAUCAAAAAAUGCGUGUACAUUUCAAUUCAUUCAUGGUAGAUGUACAUAAAAAAAUUCACGAGCUAAAAAAUCAUGAAGUAAGGGACUACACGUCAACAAAACCACAACCGUUCGAUCCCAUCCCGCCUGUUGCAGAAUCUAUUUCUCAAAAAACAUGGUUGAUUUGUUUUGACGAAUUUCAAGUAACGGACAUUGGUGAUGCAAUGAUACUGAAACGGUUGUUCAGCCAAUUGUUUGAAAACGGGGUUGUUAUGGUAGCUACAAGUAAUCGUUCGCCUGAUGAUUUGUAUAAAAAUGGAUUACAAAGAUGUAAUUUUGUACCUUUCAUCCAAAUAUUAAAGAAUCAAUGUUCUGUAGGAUCUUUGGACUCUGGUAUUGAUUAUCGGACACAAAAUUCUAGCAACAAAGAUACAAAAUACUUUGUGAAAUCUGAUUAUCCUGAUUCAGAUCCGGUUAAAACUAUUUUUAAGGUUUUGUGUGCUAAGGAAAAUGAUACUAUAAGACCAAAGACUUUCACCGUUUUAGGGCGUAAUGUAAGCUUUGAGAAGACAUGUGGACAAGUAUUGGAAUCAAGUUUCGAAGAGUUAUGCUGUCGAGCUUUAGGGGCUGUUGAUUAUUUGUACAUAUCACAAGUAUUCCACACAGUUAUUAUACGAGAUUUGCCACAGUUAAAUUUAGAAAUGAAAUCACCUGUCAGAAGAUUUAUUACAUUAAUGGAUACGCUUUAUGAUAAUAAAAUCCGGGUUGUUAUAUCAUCAGAUGUUUCUAUUAAAGAAUUAUUUAUUCGAGACAAACCUGCAGAUAUUUUGAUGAGCGACGAACAUAGGAUGCUUAUGGAUGAUUUGAAAAUUACUACGGAUUCAAAUGAUGCAGCUGCAAAUGUUUUCACUGGCGAUGAGGAAUUAUUUGCUUUUGACCGUACUGUAUCUCGAUUAUAUGAAAUGCAAACACCCGAGUAUUGGGAGCAAUGGGAUAAACAUAUUAGUUAAUAUUAACUGAAUAAUUCCUAUUCUUCGUAAGAUUUUUUGGUUUCUAAUUGAGAAAUUAGCAUGCAUAUGAAGUUUAACCAAGUUUUAAUUGUAUCCUAAAUGUACAUACAAUGCAUACGAAAAUUCACAAACGUUAUUUAUUGAAGCUGUUGAAGCCAAUUACUUAAAGGACACUGUAUAUAAGAUGGAGCUGGUCUCAAAAUUUUUUACUUUCAUUAGUGUGUUCCUAUGCAUAUGAACGACUAGGAUAUUUCCUUAUCAUUCUCAGUUCUUUUCAACAUCAUAAUUUCAUAGGAGUUCAAAAUACGAGGAAAUAAUAUUUUUCAAAUACUCUAAAAUAGAAAUUAUUUUUACAGUUAAUUCGAAAUAGUAGAAUAUAUAAUGUAAUAGUAACGCAUGUGUUCACAAAUUUGCCACACUUCAUGUCUUAUAAUUGUAUUGCUAUUAAGAUGUCAAAUACCAAUUUG